GGGCCGUGCUCAGAGGGCUGAUAGUGAAGAGGAGGUUGUUGUUUGUUGUUUUGAUCGAGAGUUUGAGCCGUCGCGUCGUUUCUUUAAUUUAACGCUUACGUUUAAAAAGCACAGCUCACGGUAAACACGUCGACACACUGUAAACCGCGUUAAUAAGCUGCUACAUCGAGCGGGAAGAGCCCGGAGACGGCAAACAUGAAAUGGAUGUUCAAAGAGGAUCACUCGUUGGAACAUCGAUGCAUAGAGUCCGCCAAAAUCCGCAACAAGUACCCUGACAGGGUCCCGGUGAUAGUUGAGAAGGUGUCGGGAUCACAGAUCACAGACAUCGAUAAGAGGAAGUACCUGGUCCCCUCUGACAUCACGGUGGCUCAGUUCAUGUGGAUCAUCAGAAAACGCAUCCAGCUGCCGUCGGAGAAGGCCAUCUUCCUGUUUGUGGACAAGACCGUGCCUCAGUCCAGCAUCACGAUGGGCCAGCUCUACGACAAGGAGAAGGACGAGGACGGCUUUUUAUACGUGGCGUACAGCGGGGAGAACACCUUUGGUUUUUAAACGAGGAGCCAUGACGACGACCACUCUGACACCCACCCACAUCUAAUCACAGCCCCUGGAGAACCGGCAGGAAACCCCACAGAUAUUCAGUGACAUGCGCGACCCGCAGCAGCAGCAGUCGGCAGGAUGAACACGGCGAUCACAGCGGCGUGUUUGUUGUGGCCCAGAUUAAAGAUUGAUAGCUUGAGUUGUGUAUAGUGUGUGACAUUUACGUUGUUGUGUGUGUGUGUGUGUUGUCGUGAUUGGAGUGUUUUUAGGAGGAACUUUGAUUUGAUUUAGUUUGUUUUUCACAUUUUUAAAUGAAGGCUUGAAGACUUUUUUUCUUUUAGUUCUGCUCUCCUCUUAAACACUUCUUUUAAUUUAAACGUUUGAAUCGAAUAGGAAGACCUAACCAAUAAAAAAAAUGAAAACCCAA